UUGCAGCAAGCAGCUGAAGUUUCUCAGCUGAGAGGAGCUCGAGUCAUCUCUGCUGAAGAUCUCCUGUUCUUAAUGCGCAAAGAUAAGAAGAAGCUUAGAAGGCUACUUAAAUACAUGUUUUUUCGAGACUACAAAUCCAAAAUUGUCAAAGGAAUAGAAGAAGAUGACCUCCUUGAAGAUAAAUUCAACAGUAAUAACACCAACAAACGGCAGAAGCUUGCUCAAGACUUUCUCAAUUCUAUUGACCAGACUGGAGAGCUCUUAGCCAUGUUUGAAGAUGAUGAGAUUGAUGAUGUCAAGCAAGAGCGGAUGGAGAGAGCAGAAAGACAAACACGAAUGAUGGACUCGGUCCAGUAUGCAGAAUUUUGUGAAAGUCGGCAACUGAGUUUUUCAAAGAAAGCAUCCAAGUUUCGUGACUGGUUGGACUGCAGCAGUAUGGAAAUAAAGCCAAAUGCAGUCGCCAUGGAGAUUUUGGCAUAUUUAGCGUAUGAGACUGUGGCACAGUUGGUGGACUUGGCUCUUUUGGUUAAGCAGGACAUGGCUCCCAAAGCUGGUGACCCAUUCAGUCAUGCCAUAUCUGCCACCUUCAUACAGUAUCACAACUCUACGGAGCCGCAUCUCUUAGGGCAAUCUACAAGUGUGAAGCCCAGUCUUGACUCUCCUGAAAACACACCACCUCCUACACCUACACCCCCAGCAUCAACAGGACAGCAGCAUCUUGGGAAAACCCCAUCAGGAACCUUGGGGAAUGGUGGAAUUGGACAAGACUCUACCAAAUCCAAACAAAGGAAAAGAAAAAAGAGCACUGCAGCCUGUGGUAUAGAGGCUCAAAGCGAUGCCAUCCAGCCUAGCCACAUCAGAGAGGCCAUUCGACGCUAUGGCCACAAGAUUGGCCCCCUUUCCCCAUUCACAAGCGCCUACCGCAGAAAUGGGAUGACUUUUCUCGCCUGCUAACGUGGAUGUGGCUGCAGCAACAGGAAAGGCAGUGUUAUAUUAAGGUGAUUUUCUUUUCCCCUCCGUGGAAAGGAAAAAAAAAAAAAUACAAGCUCCAAUGUCUCCAUGUACCAGUGAGUGGGCUGGUUUGUUGUGACUAUCUGCUGGCUGACUCUGUCUCUUUUUCCAGCCCCCUCAAUCGUUAUUCUUGUUUACUAGCUGGAAUAUUUAGCGAAUUAAUGGCAGGAUGUUUGGGGUAGUGUGUAGGUGGACAAGAACAGCAGAUCAGACAAUGCUGAAGUUUACAGGGGACUUGCUGCUGUCAGCCUCUUCCUGAGAUGCGGUGUCAUUUUUAUUUAAGUGUUUGGAAGUCCGUGUGUUCUCUUAGGGAUGUUGUUUUGUAAAGCAGGAUGAGGCAGAAAGAGGCCAGAGAU